CUCGUCGAUGCCGGCUUGUCUAGUGUUCUGCCACUAGCCCCUCUUACCGGUGAUCCGGGUUUGAUUACUGCGCUCGUAGAGCGUUGGAGACCCGAGACAUCGACAUUUCACAUGCCGUUCGGUGAGGUGACGAUCACCCUAGAGGACGUUGCGACACUCACCGGAUUAGCGAUCGACGGUGAUGCCGUCAUAGUAGACAUACCAGACGAGGACUGGUCGGCUAUGUGUCUUCGACUGUUAGGACAGGCUCCUACUGAUCUUGGUGGCGGCGUCAUCCGGAUUACUUGGCUCAGGGAGACUUUCGAUGAGCUACCGCUUUCUGCAUCACCAGAGACGACAGAGCAGUAUGCUAGAGCGUAUGCGCUGUCUCUGAUGGGAGGUGUCUUGUUCUCCGAUCGGUCUGGAGGUUCAGUUCACCUGUAG